UCCACCAGGUGGCAACACCUGUAAUUUGUUUAAAUUCUAAUUUGGCUUUAAGCCCGGCUUAACCGUUUUAAAUAUAAACAAAAUGAGCCAAGUCAAUUAAAGUGAAUAGUAUUUAUAAUCCAAACAAAAAAUAAGCAUGUUACACGAUGGUCAUAAUGAGUUUGUGGUCCUUACGGAGGUGGUUCGCAAACAGUAUGUGCUCUAUUUGGAGCGCCAGUUGCAGGAGAAUGUGUGCGCGUGGGCCAGCAAAUCUCGGAAUCACCACAAACCCACUGCCUGGUCCUGUAUUCCCGCCAGCCUGUAUCAACUGGAGGACAAGGCGAAACAGGCCUGCCUGGCGGCACAAAUAUAUCAAAGGGCAAUGGUUAAGACGAUUGCCGCAGUACGCAGGAACACGCAGGAGUGUCGGCUGGCCAACACCCUGUUUGACCAAAUGCAGCUUGCAGCUGGAGAGGAUCAUGUAUCCACCAAGACUGGAUCUUUCCUGGUGGACAAGGCCACACAAACAAAUGAAAUGGCAGCCCAAAAUGGUCAUGAGAAUUCUGAUGAGGAGGAUAGACCCGAGCUGGGUCGAAAAAUCGAUAUGUUUCAGGCUAGACUUAAAGAGAAGGAAGUCCAAAAAGAGCUGCUUUGCACGCGUUGUCGCAGGAGGAACAUAAAGCAGGAGCAGGAUUCCAAGCCUCUUGUCCAGCCAAGCUCGCCCCUCUCCGAAACCGAAGAUGCAGUGGCCCAGGAACUGGCCAUGCUGUUUGGCGAUGAGCCCACCGAUCUGAAUGACAUCUUUGGCAUCCAGCCCACCGCUGUUAACGAUGAUCCGCAAAUUUCGGCCAUACUGGAAGAGAUUGAAAACGCCGAACUGCCCAGUCCCAAAACACAGACGGUAUCCCCAACAGCCACAGACACGCCCUCAAGGGAACAGCACAGCCAAGUGGAUCUUGGCCAGAGCCGGUGGCCCUGUGAACUCUACGCCCAGAGAAGGCGGCUCAAUGCCUGCCUAAUUCGCUUGCUGGAGGCGGAUUGGCGCUGCGAGAAUCGUUUGAGAUACAGGUUCCACAUCUUAUUCGGCGAGGACAGCGAUGAUGAGUUCGCCACCCAAAUAUCCAGCCCUUCCAUCGAUCUGGUGGACGAAGUGCUACUUUCCAGCUGUGUGCUUCGUAUUCGACCCUGGAUCGUGCGUCAAUUAAUGAGUCCCCUGGCGGAGGGCCUAAUCGCCAACCGAUUUCUGUUCAAAAAGCUGGCCAAACUGCUGGCCCACUCCAUUGUCAUGGUCAAUCCUUAUUGCUCUGAGCAGCAGAUUAAGCAAGCCGUGGAGUAUCUGUUCUGCCUAAGGCCAAGAGGAGUACAAAGCGCCUAUGAUCUUGACAAUCUGCCGCCCUUAGAUGUGCCGAAAUUUGAACUAUAAUGGAAUUUAAUAAGAUUAGUAAGUUAACCUAAAAUUUAGGAGAUGAAAAUAGUCUAGUGAUGACACUAGCCCUUUUUCAUAAGCAAAAUGAUUCUCAGUUAUGUUCCAGUCGAAUUUAGCAAGAGCUCCAUUAUCAGAAACUUAAAUAUUAGGUUUAUAACCAAAACAAAUUCUUUUGAAAAAUUUUAAAUUUGUCAAAAUUUAUGAUCUGAAAGAAGAACCGUAGUUUUAGAAGUUUUAAGAUGAAUCAUAAGAAUAUAGUCUAAGGAUAACUAAAGCAUUUUUUUAAAAAGGAAUUUGUUUCUCAUUUACGUUCAACUUAAAUUUAGCGUGGGCAUUUUUUAA